UGUUCAGCCAAAACAAAUUUCGUAUGACAUUUUUUGUGAUAAUGGUGGAACCCAUAUAGAUAACGUUGCAGAUACUUCUAUGCAUACAAUUCAAUUGUCUAUGACUUAUAACUAUAAUGAAUGCUCAGCAAUAGGAAAACCCAAACCCUUAAUUGCAAAUGGAGACUCUGCAGUUGAACUCCUUCAGCCACGCUCAUCGCCUUCCUUCCUUUUGCCGGCAAAAGGUCUUCCCCUCACUCAGGGGAAGAUGGAAAAUAUUUGCUGUCACCAGAACUACUCGCUCUGAUAAUGAGCUCUCAGCAAAAGAUCUGUUUAAAUUAUUUUUGAAAGAGCGGCAGUUAGAAGGAGAUUUUAUCACCAAAACUUCGGAUAAAUUCUGGACAAAGGAAGUCUUAGAAGUAGAUAAGCAACAAAUAGAAAAAGUGAAUGAAAAUGUUCAACCUCAAAAGAUAUCGGAAAAGGAAAGUGGAGGCUUCUUGAAGCUAAGCCGUACCAAAAGUUGGGUUUCGGGAAAUGAUGAAGCCCCAGUAAAUGAAAUUUACUUAAAAACUGAAUGGAAGACAGACAGAGAAAACAGGAGGAGGAUUGGCCUUCUGGAGUAUGAGGCUUUGAAGAGAGAACUUUUCCUUAUCACAGCAGGCAUUGGAGCAGCAUGCACUGGUUAUUGCUACUUUGUUUUCUCACCCCAGGUUGCUUUGAGUUAUGCAGCUGGAGCUGUUGCAAGCUGCUUUUAUCUUCGACUGCUUUAUCAUCAUGCAGACAAUAUCUCCAAAGAAAAGCUUGCAGAGGUCUUCACACGCAAGAAAGUGAAGAAGAUUGGCAUUCGUAGUGAUGAUAUAAGGGAGUUGUUUGAAAAAAUUUCUGGAGGAACUACUAUGGCUCUUUCUUCUCCUCGCUUGGUAAUCCCAGCUGCAUUAUUUGGUUUCUGGGAUUUAUCAAAACAUUUAUUUGCCAAUUCCUUAGACUUUGAGAUUGCUCCAGCGAUUCUUGGGUUAUUUGCAUACAAAGCCGCUGCAUUGGUUCAAGCUUAUCGGGACAACGAGGAUUUGCUUAUUAGUUUUAUGAAAGAUGAAGAAAACUCUGACAGUUGAACUGCUCAAAAUCUUUAUCACCAUGACUAACAACAACAGAUUCUUUGUAAAAGUUCUAAAUGAAUUUUAAAUAGAUAUUAAGACAAGACACAAGGGUACCACUUAACCCAAAAUUUUCAUAAGAAAGAGUAAUUUCAGGUACUUAUGUUCCUAGAUUAGAAAAACAAAAGGUGCAAUAUAAAGAUGCUUUACUUGCUUUA